GUGCUUGUUUAUUUCUUGCGGAUGAUUUGGACUUCAUCUAUCAUACUUUGUACUGCUACUCCGUGCUUUGUAUGGAGAGGUGGUUGGUUUCUUGCGCUACGAUUUCUGAUUUAACCCUCGGCGAUCAGUGAUAGAGAUCGAGCAUGAAUCGACUGAUCAACUACGCAUCGCAAACUUGCAAGCCCCCCUCUCUCUUUCUGGAUCGCAGCCACAGCUGCACGUUUCACCAUGAUCCGUGCCAGUCAGCUUCAAUGGUUCUGCGGAUCUUCUAUUCUGUCAGCUGUGGAAAAUCAGCUAUCUGCACUGUACUUAUUGUCUUCCGGUGUCUCCGCUUGAUUGAGAGGCAUCCUAGAUCAUUUAGCGAGCUGUCAAAUUCUGCAUGCUCAGAUGCCUCCACUUUACCCAUGUUCAUACGUACUUUGCUUGCUUGGGCCUCCUCUUCUCGAUUAUUGGGUCAGUACUUUGUUGUCUCGUCGUUGUCUAUUGGAUUGAAGGCAAUGCUUGUUUGCUUUGAUAUAUCCUGGUGUAUUCUAUAUCAGCCGGUUCGUCCGGGUUAUCCGUUUUCGUUUCGUUUCUUUUCUUUUUCUUUGAACGAAAUUUGCUCUUUGAACUUGUCUCUGUCUCGACUUGAGACUUCCCCUCCCUGUCUUUUAGUCUUGUUUCCGCGUGUCGUUCGUUUUAGAUCAGCAGCUGGUCUGUUCUAUACUUGUCUUGCUUAAUAUAGGCCGUUCAUUGCCAUUCUUUACCCCUCCUGGAUUGAAGCUGUUGCAUUUGUUCGAAGUUGGAUCAUUUUGUUUGACAUUUCGUUUUAUCCCCCUUCUUGCGGGAUA